AUGAGCAAACUUUCCACAGUAAUCCUCGCCAUCUUGGGUAAGUCAAAACAUUCGUUUUUUAUUACGGCGCUACAACUUUUCGGGUCAACUACAGUUCAGGUCAAUGAUGCUAUGGAUCGCGACGGUUGGUCGUUGUAUCCACGGAGGGGUCUAGGAAAAGGCCUAGUUAUUCUUCAUAUCCCUCAUUCAGAUAUGAAGAAUGAGAGUCCUAGGACAGCUUAUCAAUAAUAAAAAAGAUAUUUUACAUGUGCUUACAUCAACAAUACAUAGAAAAAAGUCAUGGAAUUUCAUUUUUUUGCCGCAAAUUUUGGUCGUUUAUAUGUUACGAUAACUCAGGAUAAAGAGUACUAACGUUAGUAAUAGCUAAAGUAAAAAAAGCGGACAUAUUGCAAGUCUCCGCCGAGCGUCCGCCGAGCCUCCGCCCAAAGUCCGCCGACCGUCCAACGGCUUUGCCAGGCCUUGUAGGCACUUUCUACAACCUUUUUUUUGGGCGUCCCCACCUGGCCUACACCCCAUAUCAAUCAACUUUGUUCGAACUGUCGUCGACCCGAAAAGUCGGGACGCGAUAGAAAUUUAUUUUCACCGUAUUUCAGCCGCCUUCCUCGUCAGCCAAACAUAUGCGGCCGGUGGAGUCGCCGAACUCAAGGCAUUGACCGGUGAUGCACCAUAUCUGGGGUACGGGAAUCAGGAGCAAGCCCCCGAAUACUUUGGCGACGCCCUUGUCCGACAGUACUAUCAGAACCCGGCGUAUGGAUACGCCCCAAGAACUCCGUACUCUGCGUACAAUUAUCGUGCCGCAUAUGCGCCUUACAGACAACCGUAUGGCGUCUAUCCUCGAGGAGUCUACCCUGGAGGUAUGUUGAGAUUUGUUAAUGUCAGGCUGUCGGGAAAAUAAUGAGCACAAUGUCGUAUUUUGGAUGCGACAAAGUCCUCAUUAUUUUCCCGACAGACUGAAAUUGUCCUCUCGAUGGCUGUAGUAUAUCCCAAAAAAUUUUUUGUUUUGCCUCUGUAACAAUAGGUUUUCUCAUUUUUUGCCUUUCCUCGUUUACUUCGGUGGUGAUUACUAACAUGUCGUUGUACCGCUAUAAAAUUUAUGUUUUAGGGAUCCUCUUCUAA